ACUACUGACUCCUGAGCACGUCCAGAAGAGUCUGUCAUCCCGGUGAAGGCUCAGCCUCUCAGCUUUAACAAAAUCCUUUGCAGCUGAAGAGAACAGAUUAAGCACCUUUAAGGCUGCCUUCAGAAGACUGCAGUUCUAUUUCCUUAUCACCUUUUUGGAUAAUCUUGGGGCCCAGGAUGAAUAAAACAAGAGUCGUCAAUGACGGUUUUCCUUUCGUGCACAGCAAGAACUGGAGCUCAAACCGGAGCUUCCCCACACACCUUUCAAACCAGUGCAGGAACAUCACUGACCUUACUGCCUUUCUGGCCACGUCUUACAGUUUGGAGACAGUCCUAGGCAUCGUGGGAAACAUUUGUCUGAUUGCUGUCAUAGCCAGGCAGAAGGAAAAGGCCAACGUCACCAACAUCCUAAUUUCCAACUUAAUAAUUUCAGACUUGUUUAUGAGUCUUGUCUGCCUGCCUUUCACCAUUGUUUACACGAUGAUGGACUACUGGAUAUUUGGGGAGGUCAUGUGCAAAAUGACCUCUUUCACUCAGUGUACAUCUGUGACAGUGUCGAUUCUUUCUCUUGUCCUUAUUGCUCUGGAAAGACAUCAGCUCAUCAUAAAGCCAACUGGCUGGAGGCCAAGCGUCUCCCAAGCCUAUCUAGGAAUUGGAGUCAUCUGGAUUUUAGCGUGCCUCAUGUCCCUGCCCUUUCUGACCACAUCCAUCUUGUCUAAUGAUUUGUAUGGGCAGCUCUCAUACAUCAUGAAUUUUUCCACUGACAAGGUCAUAUGCAUCGACUCAUGGCCUUCCGAGCAGCACAGACUUAUCUACACCACCACUUUGCUGCUCUUGCAAUACUGCAUCCCCCUCUUGUUCAUCAUGGUUUGCUAUCUGCGUAUCUACUUACGUCUGCAGAAGAGAAAGGACAUGUUUGAGAAAAGCGAAUAUAGCAACCGAGCCGCUCAGCUGAGAAGGAUAAACAUUUUGUUAGCAUCCAUGGUCGCUGCUUUUGCUGUGUGCUGGUUACCACUGCAUGUUUUCAACACCAUUGAGGACUGGAAUUACAGAAUCAUUUCACCUUGCCACCACAAUCUGAUCUUCUCAUUGUGUCACCUGUUAGCCAUGGCUUCCGCCUGUGUCAACCCUGUUAUCUAUGGUUUCCUAAAUAGCAAUUUCAAAAAAGAAGUGAAGUCACUGAUUCUGAGCUGCCAGCAUAAUUCGGUAACUGCAUCCAUGGAGGAAUAUGACCAUUUACCUUUAUCCACCAUGCAGACUGAAGUCUCCAAGGGCUCACUGUUGAAUGGCAGGCACAAUUCUAUCUAGCAAAAAGCAAACAUUUACAGAAAGAUGUAUGGAGCACACUGCAAACCAACUACUACCUGUUGGUAUAAAAAGCAACUGAUGAUGCUAUAACCAGGAUAUGAACAGGAGCCCAUUACUGCCUGAUUUUUGGAAGAAAGCACAAAGAAAGUUUGUAAGCAUGUAUGGUAGCUCCUACGGUGCACAAGUUGUUCAUGUCACUGAGAUGGUAAAGACAGGUAGAGAAGACUGGGCUGCUCUAACCACUGCAUAACUAUUGUGCGGAUGCACACAAACUGACACUAAGUUCACCAGCCAAGCUCACAUCUCUGUCACGACCGAGGCAGAAACCAAGACYGGCAGUACCAGUGCUGCAGCCUGCACAGAGCGCCGCCCAGCUACCCMGAUUCUCAUUCACUUUUCAGUAUUAGUAAGUUCUGAGCCACUGUUGACAGAGCAGUGGAAAUACAGACUUGUAAAUACAGAAGAUUUUGUGCUUUGCUGAUUCUCACAGCUUACUAGGUAACACUAAUCUUUCAGCAGAUCUGGUUCAUAUCAAACUAUUGGAUGCCUGUUCACAAUGUCUCUGUAGAGACACAAAACUACAAUCCUGUUACUUAAAGACAACAGUUACUUAUUGAGGAAUGGUGGCAGAUGAAAAUAAACAGGAUAUCCAGAUUCCUUCUGUUGUCAGUUAAAGCUCCUCAYGCUAAAAAUGCAUGCCAUGAUAAUAUGAGAUGGCUGGAUUACUGGAGAUUUCCAAAACCUUAGUAGCAAGGUGCUACUGCUACUUCAGAGAAAUGCUUUUCAGCUCUUUGGUACUCUAAAUGCAGAGUAUCCCAUUUAGAAGAUGGAAACAGGCACAAUAAAAACAGCUCCAACAACUCUAGCUUUCUGGAGUGGUCCCACUCCCAAAGACAUAAAUCUGCAUGGAGUCUUUCAGUUUCCUAUUAUAAUACAACCACAUGUCAGAUAUUAGACCCAAGAGGUGCUGAAAAGCUGAGUAAUCAGUUAAAGGUCAACAAAAACACACAAGCAGAAUCCAGAUCAAGUUGAGACACAUAUCUGAAAGCCACGCUAGAGCAUUAUCAGUCACACUACUGAAGUGUGGAUUUUUUAUUAAAAAAAACAUGAGAGCAACUGAGACAUUGAGUGACUGCUAAGAAACCACGAAGUACAUAUGCUCAAGAAGCUCAUGCUGAGGAAGUGAUUAAAAAAAAAACACAGCAAGUGUAAAAAUAAACAAACAUUGUGAAUCUUAAUUCACUUCGCAGUAGGUCACUGCUAAAGAUUUGUGGAUUGUCUUCUGUCCUGAACUGUUAAGCUAAUCCUAGCACAAGACUGAGCUCCUGAGUUCUAACCUGAAUGAUAUUAUCAUAAACUGUCUUUUCUCAUCAUAGUCAUUAGGUUUACAUGGAAUUGAAGCUAUUCAAUGUGCAGCUUUGUAUCAAGCCAGAAAUCCUUUAGGCUGGAAACUCUGAUUAUAUGGACUAGUAAAUAACAAUGUGAAGGAAAAAUCCUUUCCAUGUUACAAUUUGACAGGUCAUACGGAUGUUGGACAAAGUAUUGAAAAAUGAAGGUAAGAGCAAAAUCUCAUACUACAGACCAGCAAGAGCCAUCAGCAAGAAGGGGAUCAUAUCCUCAGCUGACAGAGGUGGAGUGAAUCCUUUCCCAGCAGCUGAGAACACAAAAAUAGGCAGCAGAAUUCAGGCUGGGUCAUUAAAUUCUCAAGUUCAGAGUAUUAAUGCAAAAGCUGAGCUGACAACGUUCUGAUUCUGUGCAGAACGAGUUUAUCUCAGCGAGAGAGUUCAUGUGCAAAUGCCAUUUGCAUCUUCCCCAAACUAUCUGGCAAGAUAUUUAUGCUUCUUUCGAAUGGACUUCUGCUUUGCUUUUCUUGUGCCAGUUAUGAUGAGGAGUUGUUUAUCUUGAUUCAUUUGUAUAUAAUGUCAUUUCUAGUCUGGACACUGAGCCCAUUAGAAACACAGAAAAAGAGGACUAUUUUUUUUCUCAUCUACAGUUCCAGUUUAAAAUUUACUGUUGUAACGGAAAACAUGUGGUGCUGAUUAGUACAAAACACAUUACGUUGUAUUUGCAUGCUUCAACACUCC